CUCGUUCCCACUGUCACUGCCAGCAAACAAGAACAAACCCUUUUCUAGCUUCAGUCUUGACUUUCAUCAUGGACGAGUCAACGCCUCCACCUCCAGAUAUCGAGGCAUUCUCACCUCCACCACCGCCAUCUCUGCCAUCAGGAACACCAACUGAUUUCUUGAAAGGCGUGGUUGGGAAAAAGGUCAUCGUGCGUCUAACAUCAGGCGUCGAUUAUCGAGGUGUUCUUUCAUGUCUAGAUGGAUACAUGAACAUCGCUUUGGAGCAGACUGAGGAGCAUGUCAAUGGUGUAGUCACAAAUCGAUACGGGGACGCGUUUAUUCGCGGAAAUAAUGUGUUGUACAUAUCUGCUGCUGAACCGUUAUAAUCACGCCAAGUUUUACUGUACGAGCAUCGCCAAAAUCCACCAGAGUAAUAUACGACUUCUCAUGUAAGACGUGCCUUUGUUUCUGUGCUCUCGGGGUUUGAUGUCUAUACAUGACUCGAUGAAGGAUUUAUUGUUAUCGGCGGAAAGGGCUGCGCAGUGUGUCAUGGAGGAUGGAUAGAUCGACGAAGGUUUGUGUCGAGAUCCCGCAUCUUUCCAUUGAGAAAAUCCAUCUUCUCCUCGUUACCUUCAUCACUCGGAAUAGCUGCACUUAUCCAUGCGGAUAGCAUCAUACGCUUUAUCGUUUCAUUCAUCGGAC